AUGGCCAAGUUCGCGAUGAGCAUGGACGAGUAUUUGAUCGCUCCUGCGGUUUCGCUGGCGCAUGCCGACUUACCACAUCUUGCUAUCAUGGAAUGGCAAGCAUUACACUGCCUUGCGGAGGUGUCUGGUGAAAGCUUUGUAACGUCGCUGCUGAGCACAGCGACGCCCGAGCAACACCGUGCUGCCAAUAAAGACUACAUGGUGCGGGAGCUCGCCGAAGCGAAUCGACGGGUGCAGGCUCCCUCGCGCACCUACCAUCAUGACGCGAUCACGAUAAAGACGUACACGUACUCGGGUGAUAAAUCGGAUCGUCCCCCUUAG